AUGGUUCUAUCUCUUUUUAUUCUAGUUGAUCAAUUACCAUUUAAUUCUAAUGGAAAACUAGAUAAAGCAGCACUUCCUAAACCUAAUCUAUCAUCAUUACUUUUACCAAUAAAUAAUGAUGAAAUUUCUAAUGAUCAAGACAAUGAAAUAUCAAUGACAAAUGAACAACAACUUGUACAUGAUCUUUGGUGUGAUAUAUUAUAG